UGCUUUUAAAUACAACUUGUAUACAACUCCUCUUCUCAAAGUCUUCUUCCACAAAAAUAUUGGUAUAAAUAUAGGCAUAUUAUAGAACAGAGUUAGCCAUAUAUAUAUAUAUAUCCUCUCCUCCUUCAGCCACCCACACACACUCUUAUAUCUUCUUCUGAGAAAAUAGAAAAGGGAAUAAUUAAUAAGAGGUAAUUAAGAAACAAAAAAAUGGGAUUUAUGUAUCAUAUAUCAGAAAUAUGUGAAGUUUCAAGUAAAAGAAAGAGCAAAAAACACAAAACCAUGCAGACAGUUGAAAUAAAGGUAAAAAUGGACUGCGAUGGCUGUGAAAGGAAAGUCAGAAAUGCUGUUUCCUCCAUGAAAGGUGUGAAAUCAGUGGAAAUAAACAGAAAAGAUAGCAGGGUGACAGUGAGUGGUUAUGUAGAAAAAAGCAAGGUGUUAAAGAAAGUAGAGAAAACUGGAAAGAAAGCUGAAAUCUGGCCAUAUGUUAAAUAUAAUUUAGUAUCAAAUCCUUAUGCUGUUGGAGUAUAUGACAAGAAGGCACCUUCUGGCUAUGUCAAGAUUGAUCCUCAAGUUCUUCAAAUUCCAAAUACACCUUCUGAGAUAUUCACUUCUAUGUUUAGUGAUGAAAACCCAAAUGCUUGUUCAAUUAUGUAAAAUUUGUCUUGGAAAAUUAGUACAAUACAGUAAAAAAAAAAAAAAGAAGAAGAAGAAGAAGGGAUUGUUACACA